GGCGCGGCGUGGUGCCUGGGCAAGGGACGCCGAGCUGUGGUCCUUGCUUUGCCUCCCUCCGGACCCAAGGAGGAUGACUCGCUUCGCUCUGACGGUUAUCCGACAGUGAGUAUUGCUGUCGCGGGGUGCCCUUCUUUCUUUCUGUUUGGGCGUGUGAAGUCCUCUUCCCGGUUGCUCAACCCUCGAAAAGGUUGGCUUGGACCGGGCUGUGUUCAAGGAGCUUUCUCCUGUGUCGUCCUGUCUCCUCCCAUCGUCCCUUGAGAACCCCGAGUGAAGAAGGCAGGUCUUAAAUAUAUCAUUGUCAGUCCCAUGUCCCAGGUAUGGAGAGAGAGGACUAAAGGAGUAAAUUAUUCAGAUUCCCAGCCAGUUGGUGGCAGAGCUAAAACCGAAGAAAGAAAACCUUGUCUCUUAGCAUCUCUCUGUGCACCGUUUUUGUUGUCCUGCAGAUUUCAAAGAAUUUGCAGGAUAGCUCGUCCUGGUUGAUGUUUUUGCCGCUGGGUCGCUCUCCGUGUUAGCUGGUCCCUCUCAUUUGCCAGGGCAAUCAGUCCCACAGACACGUAUUUGAGGUUGAUUCCUCCCCUCCAGAGGUUACUUAUCUGGAAGAGGAAAGAGGGCCUCCGCCCUCGUUUCCGCAGACCACAUUCCCGAGUAAAUAUCUUUAUUAUCAUAAACAGAUUAGAUAGAGCCAAACGCUGAUAUGUUUUCAUAACUAUCCUUUUCCUUCUAAAUACUUACUUGCUGAGUCUUCGUGGGAAUUGGAACUCAGGGUGGUUAAGAGCACCGAUUUUGAAGCAAUCAGAAGACAGACCUGGGUUGCCUGCAAUCUCGGCUCCAGUUAAGCUCCUUGUAAUCUUUUCGACUUCAGUUUCCUGAUCUAUAAAAUGGGGAUGACGCUAGUAUCCACUUCAUUGGGUUAUUCUGAGAAUUAAAUGAGAAAAGGUAAAGAGUACAGUACAGUGGAAGUGAAGAAGUACAGAAAGGAUUAAGUAACUUCCGUUUCUGUGAAGUCUGCUCUAAUAAAAAUGCAGUUAGUCCUCACGUAUGUAUGUAUAGUUUAUUAGAUCAGCGUAUUUGGGUAGAUUCUGUCUGCCAGUGGACUGGGUUACAUAUCUAGAUAAGACACUGCUUUUCUGUCUUCCUGGAGCUCACAAGGCACACUGAUAAGAUUGAAUCGUGUCAAGCCAACUCUUCUGUCUUUUCUGUCCUAUUCUUCAUUUGUAGGAAGAUAAUCUUGGGAUCAUCUGAAGUUAUCUUUGUAGAAGUUACAGGAUUUAAAAGUUGAACUAGAAAUCCUAUUUUCCUCCAUUUCUCUUCUCACCCACCAGUCCCCAUUUUAUACAUUGCUUUGGGAGGAUUCUUAACCUACCAAAUUUAAGGUUGUAACAGCUAGCUAGUAGCAAAAUGGACUAGAAUCCCCCUUCUUCCAAUGUUGCAGUGCUUUCUGGAUGCCUUAACUCAGCCAGCACAGUCAUAUAUAACCAAAUAUGUAUAGAAUAAAGUACCUUUUGAAAAAUAAGGUGACCUCAAUUUAGAUCUGUAAUUGACAAUAAUUAGAUGAAUGUAGAUUUUAUCCCCUCCAUGCUUCUUAAAAAGGGCUUGAUUUGUGGAGGCUCUCAUAGGAUUCUUUUAAAAAAUAAUUCUUAAUAAGUUAUCAAUAUGUGCCAGACACUGUUCUAAAUAGCUCCUGACAGUGAUCCAGUGAGGUAAGAACUGAUACCCCCAAUUCACAGGUAAGAAUUCAGAUGCAUGGAAGUCAUGUACUUGUUUGAAGUCACAUGGCAAAUUGGGAAGGCAGGAGCUGUAACCUGUCUCUUAACCACUGUUCUCUUCUACCUCCUACUUUACUGUGUCAAAACCUAGUAUUUGUACAACUGCUUGAAUAUCCCCAACCAUUUUAGAGGCUUAUUUUAAUUUCUUCUAAUAUAAUUGUAAAGAUUGAUAACAAUUAUUUCUUUUAUUCUGUUUUAUAUGUGGGUAAGUGGAGUACAAAUGUUGAACUAAUUCCUAGGGCUGGGAUUAGUUGCUUUCCCACCGGGACCCACCCGCUGCUCUCAUUCAGAAUUCUCAAGGCUAAAAAUUGGUGAUCCUUUCCAGAAAAUAACUGAUUCCAGAUUUGAUCGAUAAUCACCAUGGUUAAAUAUAACGACUGUUAAAGGAACUGGCAAAAUUGGAUAUUUUAGCAUACUAUCAGGAAUAGGAACUUGAGAUUUCUUUUACCUAAUUCUGUAUAACUAAGAGGGUUAAGUGCUUUGAAACUGAUGGUGUGGUCAAUCUGUUUUUAAAAGUUGAACAGUUUUAUUGAACAGUGCCUUUCCAGAUGAUGCAAGACAAAUUUUUGGAAUGAUUCCAUUAAGUUCUGCCCAAACCUCAUGAAUCUGAUGCUCUUACUAUGUGUGUGAUUAUCUGUUCGGCACACUUGGAAGGGAAAGUAACCACAUGAAUUUCAAACAUGAAUCAGUUUGAACAGAAUGCCCAAGGUUUCACAGUUUAAGUUUACUAUUACUAUGAAACUGUAAGUUCUCUUGAUCUUGUAACACAGCAUUAUUGAAAAAUCCAACAUGUAGGCUUAAAUUGCCAUGACCUAAGCAACACAAGGAAGGCCCUGGUAUUCCUUGAAAUGUUAUUCAUAGGUGUUUACAGCCACUCGCAGAACCAUCCAUUUCAUUUCCGUUUGUAACCAGCUCUUAAAACUUUAGAAUUUUUUACAAACUAAAUUUAACAUAGUUUUUAUAGUUCAAAGGUGAUGAAUUAGUAAAGUUAUUAAUAGCAAAGUUGGUUUUCUUUUUCUUACUUUUUACUCUAUUGAUUGGCAGAUACUUUUUGUUGAAUGUUAAUCCUUGUUCUGGACAUUAAUAAAGCAAAGUAAUAUUAGAUCAUCUGUAAUUUGGUAUUUUUAUGAAGAUAAAUGUAAUUGUUAUUUGAUUUAAUUGAUUGGAGAGAGCCUUUACAAUUAGGAGUAAAGUAUAUAUAAACAUAAAUAUAUGAGUUGUGAAUUUUACAAGUUUUUUUUCACUCUCAAACCAUCUAGUGAGUCUCCCUGCCGUCAACCCUUGAAAUCUAUAUUUUCAAAUGAAUUAAUUGAUGUAGAAGAACCAGGAUUCAGCUGUGAUUAAGUAUCAGGCUUUACGUUUUCGUGAAAAUUAAAUCAUAUCUAUUCUGAAAGCUUGCCCAUGAUUUGUAUCUCUUUUUGUGGCAAACUAUUUGUCUGUUGAAUUUGAAUUGUUUAAAAGGAUAUGACCGGGAAAUUAAGCUUUCUAUAUAAUUUUUAAAGAAGUUCCAAGGAAUAAAAAUCCACCAAAUAAAAUAUCGUUUAAUCUGCAAAAUGAAUGAUAUCUAUUUGUAGAAUCUAUAAAUGGCUGGUCAUAAGACUUAGCUUCCUGGCCUUAAGUUUGUAUUCUUGCAGAGUCAGGUGUUCUGUUUUGGAAAUGGAUGACACAGCAGAUUUUGGAAAUAAGUGGUGCUGCUCUGACUUCUUCAAGGGGUAUUCCUUUGAACUUUCUCACCCCCCUCCACCUUCUCUGCCAUUAUUGCAAGCCAAGCUUUGGUUAAGGGAAGUGAAUUAAUAGUAAAACUAUUUUAGCCAUCUACUUUUCUUUCCUCUCACCCAAAGGAACUAAUUUGAAAUAGUUGCUUCAGGGAUUUAUGUAGAGCUCUCAUUAAAGCUGACAAAAGAUGUAAGACUAAAUAUUUAUCGAAGUUUGGGGAAAAAUUGUACUUCUGGAUUCCUACUCUGUAGUAUUUGUAGAGUGAUUUGAAGGCAAAAAUGUCCUCUAGAAGGUAAAAGUGAAUACCAGUGAUUAUUAAUAGUACAGUAAUGUUUGCAGUAGUCUUUAUGGACUUGUGGCUAAAUGGAAUCCUUCUUCAUAUCCUAGCUAUUUAUUUUUCCUUUCUCUGAAAAUCAUUAGAUGGUGGGGCAGCGCCUUUACAAAACUAUCAAAUUUUUGAUUGGUUGGAAUUUUGACAGUACAGUCUUUUAUUUUUAUCUGAAUCUUUUAUCAAACCCAUCUUGAGCUAAACUUUUCAGCAAGCAUGCAAAAAAAAAAAAAAAAAAAAUCUUCUCUGCCAAACAUGUGCAAUAUGAAAAGACCUGGACUUUUUGUUGGCUCUUGCAUGAUUUGGGGGCCAACAAAAUGAUUAAAUUUCCCUUCAUCCUUGACUUUACAUUUAUAAUAAGCAAGAAUGCUUGUGAUCCAAAUAAAGUAAGUAAAACUUUUUGAGAUCUCUGUAUGAAGGUUAUUUUGUAAAGGCAAGGCAGUGAGGGGUCAUUGGGUUUUGCCAAAAAUUGAGUUGGCUACAAAGCCACUAUCUAAAGAGGAUGGUAAAUGUAUUUAAAAAGCAGUUCCUCAGCAAGAUUAUAAGGCUGAGACAGGAUGGGAACCUAACAUAGAGGAGUGGUUUUCUGUGUUAGAAGCGACAGGGCCCCUAUCAUUGCCCUGGAUGGUGUGUCGCCAUCUCUGAAUGGCAGAGGUUAGUAUCCUCCACAUCUAUUUCAUAGGUUUCCGAAUGAGUCUCAGAGUGUAAGAAAUGUCUUAUUAAUAUCCACAAUGACAAUGUCACAUCAGUGGUGCUAGUUUUUGUGAAGGCCUAAACAGUUCUGUGGAAUUUUAUUUAUUUAUCAUAUCUUCUUUUUAAAGUUAGUACAUCCACAUAUUUAGAAAUCAAAACAGUUCUCCCUAGCCCCUCUGUCCUCCUUCCCCCAAGCCAUAGGUGAGCACUUUUAUUAGUUUCUUGUGUAUCCUUCUGGUGUUCAUUUGUGAAGAUACACAUAUUCAUUCUUACUUCCCUCUUUCCUAAAAAGGUAGCAUGCUUUUUAUCUUGCUUUGCACCUUCCUUUUUCUACUUGAUAAUAUAUCUUAUUGAUCUUUCCAUAUCUUUACACCCAGUCUCUCCCUUUAAAUUACACAGGCGACAUUCCAACAUUUUCACAAUGUAAAGAAUUGUAUUUAGAAUUGGCAGAAACAUACACCUAAUAUAAUACUUUAUCACAACAUCUGGCACAGGGCGCUUCUAGAAAUUAGAAAUAUAGAAUAUGUAUGAUAGAAUAGUGCACUCACAAGUGUAUAUUCCAAGAAAUAAAGAAAAAGCUAAGAGUAAAUAACUCUCAAAAUGAGUGUUGUGUAUUUUCCUUUCUCAUUUGUAUUAUUUUUUAGUUGUUCCUUCAGUCACCAAGUUAUUUGAUAGUUUCUGAAUAGUGUUUACCCUUGGUGAUAUCUUCAUCCCCCUCUGUUGUCCACACUGACAAAACACAGCAUUCUAGAAACAGCAAGGCAUUCCCUUCCUCUGUUAUUUGUAAGCUGAUGUGAGGUAGAUGAACACCUUCUGAAGCUUUAUGCAUACUCUGUUUCCUUUCCUUGCUGCAACAAGAAAAGCCUUUUCUUUUAACCUGGCUGCCUUUGAAGAAGUGACUCAUCUUCAUGGCCUCUAAAGAUGCACAGAAUCAGAGAGGUAGAAGUCUGCCUGGUUUUCUUCCCAGUGCUCUAGAACCAGAUCAAAGCCUUCAUACUUCACCUUCCAAUCCAGGGAACCAAGUAUGGCAGCCAGGUCUCUCUCCACCAGGCACUUUCGUGCCAACAGUGAGUCUCCCUCCUGGUCUGGAGUAUUUAAGCCAGUUAGACCUGAUAAUUAUACUCCAGCGGGUGGAGCUUCUUGGAAUGAUAGUUGGCGCUGAGACCUCCAACAAAUAUGAGAUUAAAAACAGUUUGGGACAAAGAAUUUACUUUGCAGUGGAGGAAAGCAUCUGCUUCAAUCGUCCUUUCUAUUCCACACUGCGAUCUUGCACCCUGAGGAUCACGGAUAACUCAGGUCGAGAGGUGAUUACAGUAAACAGGCCCUUGAGGUGUAACACAUGCUGGUGCCCUUGCUACCUACAAGAGUUAGAAAUCCAAGCCCCUCCUGGCACUGUAGUUGGUUAUGUUGCACAGAAGUGGGAUCCAUUUCUGCCUAAAUUUGCAAUCCAAAAUGCAAACAAAGAAGAUAUUUUGAAAAUUGUUGGUCCUUGUGCAACAUGUGGCUGUUUUGGUGAUGUGGACUUUGAGGUGAAAACCAUUAAUGAAAAGCUUACAACUGGGAAGAUUUCAAAGUACUGGUCAGGAUUUGUGAACGAUGUCUUCACAAAUGCUGACAACUUUGGAAUUCACAUUCCUGCGGAUCUAGAUGUGACAGUCAAAGCAGCAGUGAUUGGUGCUUGUUUCCUCUUUGUAUGUAUGUUCGUUGAGGGUGUGGGUGAUUAUUUUUCUCCUUCUCACUUGUCAAUUACUAUAUACCCAAUCUCGUUUUAUAUGGCUUUUAAUCCCCAAAGAGUAACUUUUAUGUAUGGACGGCUAGUUUGGGACCAGCGUUCUUCAGAAAUCACAGUUUAGGGGCCUGCAUUUCUAUUAGACCUCUCCAUUGUGUCCUCCACUUAUACUUCCUCAGAAACUGAGCAACCAUUCUCUUUUCGACUUAAGUUUAGAUUUUAGGCUUAUUUGCCUUUCUAACUGAAAAAUAAAAUCAGGUAAACAUAUAAAAAAAAAAUUACACAGGCACAUUGCGUAAUUACAGUAGUUUGUUUGUUAAGGUAACCAGUCCCCUGUUGAUGGAUGUUUGGGUUUUUUACAGUCAUUUGCUAUCAGAUUUAAUACUGUAGCAAAUAGUUAUUUAAAUAUGAAUGAAUGUAGGUAUUCCCAGCAAUGAGCUUGCUGGGUCAGAGGGUAAACAGAUUUGUAGUGUUGACAGAUACUGCCAGAACAUCCUCCCUAGGCAGAGUCCAGUUACCAAGAUUCUGUAAUUUCCCAGGAUUUUCUCCAGGCCCUGGGCAUAUGAGAGCGGUACAACCUCUGGCCCUGCCUUGGGGGAUCUCCCAAGUAGACACAACUAAAAAGUCAAUUAGAAUACAGAUGAUAACUUAGGCAAAGUGCCUGGGUAAAACCGGAAUGCAGAGUUGGGGCAUUUAUGGGGGUAGUAGGUGGGGCCCAUGCCAGGGAGACCAGACUACCUAAAAAAACGGGCAUGAGAAUGUAUUAGCCAGGUGCUGGGGGUAAGGCUCCAGGCAGACACCUAAGUUUGUGAUUUCUGAUGCUAAUGAAUUUCCUUUCUGGGGUCUGAGUAAAUCCAGAUUUUAAGAAAAACUGGUGCUUCACUGAAAAACAAAUCAGGAGUGAUCAGCCUCCGUAGUAAUCAGGGAAACGCAAAUUUAAAUCCCAAUGAGAUAAACUACUCACCUCCCAGACCGGCACAAACUGAAAAUUCCUGCAUUAAGUAUUGGUGAGGACAUGGAAAACUGUAAGUGAGAGUGAACUGGUAGAACCACUUUGGCAUUAUCUAAUAAAGCUGAAUAUUCGCAUACUCUGUUGUCCAGUAGGUAGAGAUACCCUAGGCAGGGCUCAGCAGACAUUUAAAAAACCAGAGAGUAAAUAAUUGAGCCUUUGCAGACUGACGGGUCUCUGUGUCAACUGCUCAGUUCCACUCUUAAAGGAAAGCAGCCAUAAACAACAUGACAACAAAUGGGUGUGGUUGUGUUCCAAUGGAACUUUGUUUAAAAGAGCAGUUUUUUGCCAAUCCCUGCCUAGAGCAGUGGUUCUCAAACUUGAAUGCACCUCAGAAUCACCUGUCAGGCUGGUUAAAACACAGGUAGGCUGGGUCUUGACUCCUGAGUGGCUGAUUCAGUAGGUCUGGUGCAUUUCGAACAAGUUCUCAGGUGGAUGUUGAUGCUGCUGGUCAGAGAACAGACUUUGAGAUCGCCUGCCCUAGAGAACCCAGUGUACUCAGUACCGUGAUAUUCAUAGCAGCAUAGCCCCAAACUGGAAACAAUCUAAAUAUCUAUCAACAAUAGAACAGGUACCUUGUGGUAUAUUCUUAUAGUGGAGUAUUGCACGGUAAUGAGAAUGAAAGGGGUGCGUUUCAGCCACACUCAGCAACAUCGAUGCAUCUCCCAAACACAUUGGUGAAUAAAAGACAUGGAAGACCACGUAUAGUAAGAUUGAAUUCAUUAUGAAGUUCAACAAUGGGCAAAACUAAUCUAUAUUUUGCCUGAGUGGGAAAACCACAUAAAGAAAGGUAAGGAAAUGAGCAUCCAAAUGUCCAGGUGUAUUGGAUGGCCCUGGAGUUGGG